UUUUGGUCGAGAGCGAUAUUGAACCCCCCGACCAGCUGGGACAUUCAGGGCCACGAUCUCAUCUCUCUCUUACCCCGUGUCCCUUGGAUCACUCACCCUACCUCCCUCCCCGCCGUCUUCCCCCGAAAUCAUCCCACCAAGAUGGCCUUCGCCGGCCAAACACCCACGAUCAUCGUGCUCAAGGAGGGCACCGAUACCUCUCAGGGCAAGGGCCAGAUCAUCUCCAACAUCAAUGCCUGUGUCGCCGUGCAGUCCACGAUCAAGAGCACACUCGGUCCUUAUGGAGGGGAUCUCUUGCUGGUGGACGGCAACGGCAAGCAGACCAUCACCAACGAUGGCGCCACAGUCAUGAAGCUGCUGGAUAUCGUGCACCCCGCCGCCCGCAUUCUCACGGACAUUGCCCGCUCCCAAGACGCCGAAGUGGGCGAUGGAACAACGUCGGUCGUCGUCCUGGCCGGUGAAAUACUUAAGGAAGUCCGGGAACUGGUCGAGCAGGGUGUCAGUUCACAGACCAUCAUCAAGGGUCUGCGGAGGGGCAGUGCCAUGGCCGUCAACAAGGUCAAGGAGAUCGCCGUCGACAUCAUCGAGGCUGGCGGAAGCGAGGAGAAGAAGGUUGAGACGCUACGACGGUUGGCCGCAACCGCGAUGAACAGCAAGCUUAUCAAGCGGAAUUCGGACUUCUUCACCAAGAUGGUGGUGGACGCCGUGCUGUCGCUCGACCAGGACGACCUCAACGAGAAGCUGAUCGGUAUGAAGCGUGUGACCGGUGGUGGUCUCCAGGAUUCCCUCUUCGUGAACGGUGUCGCCUUCAAGAAGACUUUCUCCUACGCCGGUUUUGAACAGCAGCCCAAGUACUUUAAGGACCCAAAGAUCGUGUGCCUGAACGUCGAACUGGAGCUGAAGAGCGAGAAGGACAACGCCGAAGUGCGGGUUGAACAGGUGUCGGAGUACCAGGCCAUCGUCGAUGCCGAGUGGCAGAUCAUCUACAACAAGCUCGAGGCUAUCCACAAGACUGGUGCCAAGGUGGUUCUCAGCAAGCUGCCCAUUGGUGACUUGGCUACGCAAUACUUUGCGGACCGCGACAUCUUCUGCGCGGGUCGCGUUGCCUCCGACGAUAUGGACCGGGUGUGCCAGGCGACCGGCGCUGCCACGCAGUCGACCUGCAGCGACAUCCAGGAGCGCCACCUGGGUACUUGCGGCAUCUUCGAGGAGCGCCAGAUCGGUGGUGAACGUUUCAACCUCUUCUCCGAGUGCCCGGCAGCCAAGACCUGCACGCUCGUCCUGCGUGGUGGUGCGGAGCAGUUUAUCGCCGAAGUCGAGCGCAGUCUGCACGACGCCAUCAUGAUCGUCAAGCGCGCCCUCCGCCACACGACCAUCGUCGCGGGUGGUGGUGCGACCGAGAUGGAGCUGUCGAGCUUCAUGCACGGCUUCGCGGACCGCAACGUGCCGCACAAGCAGCAGGCGGUUGUCAAGGCGUUCGCCAAGGCGCUGGAGGUGAUCCCCCGGCAGCUGUGCGACAACGCGGGCUUCGACGCGACGGACAUCCUGAACCGCCUGCGGGUGGAGCACCGCAAGGGCAACACCUGGGCGGGUGUGGACUUCGACCACGAGGGCGUCCGGGACAACAUGGUCGCCUUUGUGUGGGAGCCCAGCCUGGUGAAGGUGAAUGCCAUCCAGGCCGCCGUGGAGGCCGCCUGCCUGAUUCUGAGUGUGGACGAGACCAUCAAGAACGAAGAGUCGGCCCAAGGUCAGGCACCGACACGAGGCCUGCCGCCGGGUGCUGCCCAGCGUGCCCUUGGAGGCCGCGGGCGUGGCAUGCCUCGCCGCGGACGGUAGACAAGGAAGACCCAGGAUAGGCCGGGUGGCCGAUGGACAUGAUGGUUGAAGGCAAAAGCAAAUGAUCGGUAGAAAACCCUUGUCUGUGUGUCACUGUGCAUAAUCAUAAUUGGUGGUAGUCUCCUGCUACUAGUAGUAUCUAUCUACUCCAUAGGGAUUGAUUGACACUUGAGGAUUUUC